AUGGCGAGUAAUGGUUUGCAAGAAACUCGUGAGGUAAAUAUUAAUGAAGCAUUAGAGACUAUAAUAUAUCAUGUUAAACGGUUAUUAUCGAUUGACCAUGGAGUUCAUUUUGACCCAAGGUCUACACUGUUCAAUAUACCAAUGAUUGAAAACAGUCAAUUAACAUUUAAAGAAGAUACAUUGUAUAAUGCUUUAAACGCAGCAUUUGCUUAUAUAUUAGGUCAUGAACAAGUACAAAAUAGUGGUAUUGCAAUAUACUUAGAUAAAGUUAUGUUAAAGAAACCAUUGACAUUCACAGAAGAUGGUCCAAAAGCAACUGGUAUUGUUGGUGAUGGAACAUUAUUGACGAAAGAAUACUUAGCAAGUCAUGUCGGAGAAUUUUUCUCCACUAAUGAUAGCAUCAGUACAACACCAGAAGUUAUUUUAUUGAAGAAACCAAUCACAUUUGAUGUUAAAGGAAAGACAAAAGCAACUGGUAUAGCUGGCGAUGGAGUUCUUCUGACUAAGGAAUACUUGAAGAAAAAUAUCAAUGACUUCGUUGAAAUUGUCAAAGAUAAAGAAUCUGGUCUUAAGUUCAACCCUUUAUCAUUCAUCUUUGCCAUAGCAAACGCCGGUGCUACUGCAGCCUCAUGGAUAUCACUCCAGAGUCAAAUAAAUGCUCUUUGGGCUUUUGUUGAAAGUCAAGAAGGUAUAGAUACUGUUCUUGACACUCUGGGUAAUCUUGGUCCAAAUCAUAAAGGAGGUUUUGUGGAUGGAAUAAAAAAUUUAGUUGAAAAGACUAAAACAAGUUUCCAGAAGAUAACUCAUAUAGAAAGAUUCAGAAAUGAAGGUUAUAUGGAACUUGAGAGUUUUGAUGUGACUGGACCUUUGGAACCAAUUCCAAUGCCACGUGAUGCUAAUGAUGAAGAAGAGAAAGAUCCUGGACCAAAAACAAUCAUUUCUACGUUAAGUACUUUGUACCCUGAUUUUGUGACCUUAGUGAAAGUUGCUAAUACAUCAAGAAAGAACAAUAAUAUUAAUAUGUCUG